AUGAUGACCACAGUCAGCAAACGAGAGAAGGAGCAGCGGAGGAAGCUGCAGCACUUUUUAGCUGACCUGGCCUUACUGGGUUCCUUACAGGGUUUCAAGUACUUCCAGCCUUGGUUGAGAGGGAAAGAGGAACUUUUGCUGACUGUUGUCAAUGAAGAUCUGAAACUGCUCGUAACUGCUCGGCAACCAAAAAUGAUGCCAUCCUCAUUUUUGCGUACUUUCUAUUUUGUCCUCAGGGAGCCCAGCAGCGAGGAGCAUCUACUGCCAGCCUCCCCCAGCGAGCGAGAGAUGGCAGUGCCUGAGGUGAACUGCACCCUGUUUCUACUGGCGGGCUACAUGAAGUACGGUCGUCCCCACGCUUGGAUUCGCUCCAACCACGAGCGCCUGGUCAGCAUUCGAGGCACGGACUCCAUGGUCAGGGACACGCCCCUGAAGCUCAAAUCCAUCACAGACUGGCAGGCUGGAGGUAUUCGUGUGUGGGACGUGGUCAGCGAGCUCGUGAGUCUCUGCACUGUGCCCUUCCCCUCCAACCCGUUUGCCCUUGACAUGCGCUACAUCCAAAGCCUUCCCGUGUCGGAGCGCUUCCUCGCCACCGGAGCGCUCCUCAACUUCCUGGAGACGUACGCCGUCUGCGGCAACCGUGACGAGUUGCACUACGAAAAAGUGCUGGAGGAGGUGAAGCCUCUGCGGCGUCUCCACGUCCAAACGCUACUGGAGCUACAGCGGCUUAAAAAAACGUCAGCCGAGCAGGACGUGGACAUCGCAGAAUGUGUGUCAUGAACUCAUUUUAAGAGCACACAU